UCUCAAACUUCAAAUUAAAGAGACAAUCUUUCAUAGUUUCUGUUCAUUUUUUGAUUCAUUAUUUAAAUUGUUAGAUGGGUUAUGUGACCACUUCAAAUAGCAUAAAGAUCAUCAUAUUAUGUAGUUUUGUUGUCAUCAUUGUGCUUAGGGGCACUAUUGGAAUUGGAAGCCUCGAACGAUCUUCAGCUAAAAUUGGAAAUCAAGCCCUCAAUAACGAGACGAAUCAGGUACUUGUUGAACUUCAAUCGGACAAGAAUGUAUCCGACCCUAAUAGUCUGAUUAAGCCAUCUAUUGACCCCAAUGUGACCUACACGCUUGAUUCCAAUAGUUUAGAUAACACACCCGUCUACCCCAAUGUAACCUAUACAUCUGACUUCAAUAGUACAGAUGAGCCACCCUUUGACCCUAAUAUGAUUUAUACAUCCUACUCCAAUAGUCUAGAAAAGCCACCCAUUAAUCCCAACAUGACAUAUACAUCCAACUCUAAUAAUCCAGACAAACCAUCCAUUGACCUCAAUGUGACCUACACAUUGGGGCCAAAGAUAACCGAUUGGGAUUCCCAGCGCCAAAAAUGGAUUGAGCAAAACCCGGACUUUCCCAACAUUGUUAAUGGGAAAGCCCGAGUUUUGCUUGUGACAGGUUCAUCCCCUGACCCUUGUGAAACCCCAUUUGGGGAUCAUUAUUUGGUAAAGGGGAUCAAGAACAAGAUUGACUAUUGUAGGUUACAUGGUAUUGAAAUUGUGUACAAUAUGGUUUACUUAGAUGAAGAAAUGACAGGAUUUUGGUCAAAAUUACCCUUAAUUAGAAAGUUGAUGCUUUCUCACAUAGAAGUUGAAUGGUUUUGGUGGUUAGAUAGUGAUGCACUUUUCACUGAUAUGGUGUUUGAAAUCCCAUUACAAAAAUACAAAGAUCAUAACCUUGUAAUUCACGGGUACCCGAGUUUGUUAGAGGAGAAAUCAUGGAUUUCACUAAACACCGGAAGUUUUCUCCUAAGAAAUUGUCAAUGGUCAUUAGACUUGCUAGAUGCUUGGGCACCUAUGGGUCCUAAGGGCGCGGUGAGGGAUGAGGCAGGGAAGCUCCUAGCCGCGAAUUUAAAAGGAAGGCCUGUUUUCGAGGCAGAUGAUCAAUCCGCAUUGAUAUACUUGUUGAUUAACCAAAAGGAGAAAUGGAUGGAGAAGGUGUACAUAGAAAACUCUUACUAUUUGCAUGGUUUUUGGUUAGGUUUAGUAGACACAUAUGAAGAAUUGGAGGAAAAAUAUCAUCCUGGAUUAGGGGAUGAAAGGUGGCCUUUUGUGACACAUUUUGUGGGUUGUAAGCCUUGUAAUAGUUUUCGUGAUUACCCGUUUGAGAAAUGUUUCAAGAGUAUGGAGAGAGCAUUUAAUUUCGCCGAUGAUCAAGUUCUUAAGCUAUAUGGACUAAGGCAUGGGAGUUUGUUGAAUCCUAAUGUUAAGAGAAUUAGAAAUGAAAGUGAUAAUCCUCUUAAGUUUGUGGAUGAACUUGAUAUUCGAAGGCACAAAGUCAUUGAUUCAUCAAAGAGUUAGUAACAACAGGAUUUGAUUUAAGUUAUUGUAAGGUAUGGUUGAUGGCAGAGGAAUAUUUUUUGGUCAUUCAUAGUACUAGUUGUAUAUUUAUUCUUUAAUCUUUAUAUACUACAUUCAUGUGUUUGUUACGAAUGUACAGUAAGUCAGUAAAUGACUUUUUGUCUUUGUAAAACAAUUAAUUAUACACAUUA